UCGAGGAUAUCAAGGGCCUGAAACACCGACUCUCAAUCAUUGUAUUUCACUGCAUUGUUCUUAAACUUUCUAUAAACAGGAGCAAUGAUAUUCCGGACAGCAGUGGAGCAUGCUAAGAAGCACCCUGGGCUCAUCCCCCAGUUCUUCUUCAUCUGUUUGGGAAUGGGCGGGGCUUCUCUGUAUCUGCUCCGGCUGGCUAAAGGACCCCAUGUCACCUGGAACAAGACCAAUAACCCAGAGCCAUGGAAUAAACUUGAUCCCACAUACCAGUACAAGUUUGUGGCCAUCACCACCGAUUACAAAAACCUAAAGAAAGACGGACCAGAGUUCUGAAUCUCUCACUGGCCUGAAAAAGAGACCUGAAAAUCCUGAUCUCGGGUCAGAUCCAGCCCCCCUCCCCCCUCGAUGUCUUCAGUGUAUAGGUGGAAGGUGAAAUGGAUCCUAGAUCAGGAUCUGUAGACCCUUUAGUGUCUCUGUGCCUGUGAUCGGGUAAAUGUGACCAGCAUUGUCAGUGAAUGGAUCCCAAAAGAAUUUCAGUGGAUCAUUUUGAAUGUUUCAGGAAUCUAUUGGUUUCUAUUCACCUUUGCCACAUAUGAAAUUAAUUAUCAGACUCACAAAAGCUGCCAUGGAAUAUGCAAAUAAUAAUACAAAAUAGCCUGUCCUCCUUGGGGUCCUGUUUCCAUCACUGUCGAUUGAAGCUGGAGCCAAUAACCCUGGACUACUGCAGAGUCAUUGGUCUGGGGAAUGGUUGCCCAUUGAAACCUUUCCCAAUGCAGACAAAAGCAUAUUGUAAGUGUUGUUUUUUGUAUGAAAGAGGCUUCAGGAGUUUGCUAAUUGUUUGGAGACUUCCCUUAUUGGGCCGGAUUCUUUCAAUAAACAGUCUGUCUGUUUCAUGUUUGGAUGAGAGUGUUUGUUGCCAACCUGCACCGUGACUUUCAUCAACCAUCUGCAUGGAACUGAGUCAGAUACA